AUGGACAGCUGUUUGCAAACUUUGAAAGUUGAAGAAUGUGGGUUGAGAAUGGGUGAGUUAACUGUCAAAUGCCUUUUGUACGCCGAUGAUCAAGUCAUAUUUGCAUCGUCGGCGGCCGAGUUGCAAAUGAUGGUUAAUUUAAUGAACUGGUCAUUAAAAGAAAGGGGUAUGAAAGUUAACGCAAGGAAGGAUAAUUCCUUGAAAAUGUCGAAGGUAUCGCGUGAUACACUCUACGAGUGCGUAAACGCCGUCCUCCAGUCUUCUAAAGACAAAAAGCGUAAUUUCCUGGAAACUGUUGAAUUGCAAAUCGGUCUGAAGAACUAUGACCCUCAAAAGGACAAGCGUUUCUCCGGCACUGUCAAACUAAAGUACAUCCCACGUCCUAAGAUGCAAGUUUGCAUUCUUGGAGACCAACAGCAUUGUGAUGAAGCCAAGCAGUUAAAUGUGCCGUGCAUGGAUGCUGAAGCCUUAAAGAAACUGAACAAGAACAAAAAGCUUGUUAAGAAACUGGCUAAAAAGUAUGACGCUUUCCUUGCAUCAGAGUCACUUAUCAAGCAAGUUCCACGUCUAUUGGGUCCUGGUCUAAACAAAGCUGGCAAGUUCCCUGGUCUUCUCUCCCACCAAGAGUCUAUGACUCAAAAAAUUGAUGAAGUAAAAGCUACUAUCAAAUUCCAGAUGAAGAAGGUACUUUGCCUUUCAGUGGCCGUAGGGCAUGUUGACAUGACUCCUGAUGAAUUGGCACAAAAUGUGCAUCUAUCAAUCAACUUCCUUGUUUCGCUGCUGAAGAAACACUGGCAAAAUGUAAGAUCACUUCAUAUGAAAUCUACUAUGGGACCACCCCAGAGACUGUACUAA